UCGAUAAACUGUGUCACCGAACUACAUUUCCCAACACGCACUUCCUGUAUAAUUCGUCCCGCCCCCUUUUUUUGACUGACAGGUUGUUUGUUUCACUGUUACCAGCUGCUGGCCCAUUCCAAUCCUUGUCGGAGUGGAAACACGGGGGCCGACAGUCCUCUUUUUUUUCUCCCUUCCCGUUUACCUCGUUGUGCUUUCUUUUAUUUCACCCCGCCUUACUCUCUUUCUCUCGUUUCCUUGGCAGACAACUUUUCCUUUUCUCUCCCCUCCUUUCCGCUCUGUUUGAAGGUUUUAAAGCCCUGUCCAGACUCCAUAAGCUCUAUUUAUUUAUUCUUUCUUGUUUUAUUAAAACGGAAUAGGCAGUUAUAUUUUUUAGAUGUACCACAAAUGAGAAGACGCAAAAGAUGGAGCUGCACAUUUUAGAGCACAGUUUAAAAGUAGCAAGUAUAGCGAAAGAGGGCAUCCAGAUUUGCACUCACGGAUUAAUCAAACUAGCUUUCCUGCCCUCUAAAACAAGAUGCAAGUUCUUUAGUUUGACCGAAACUCCGGAGGAUUACACCAUUAUCGUGGAUGAAGAUGGCUUUAAAGAGCUGCCGGAGUCUGAGUAUCUCAGUGUGGCCGAUGCGACGUGGUUGGCUCUUAAUGUGGUGUCCGGGGGCGGGAGCUCUACCAGCUCUCAGCCAAUCGGUGUAACGAAAAUCGCAAAAUCAGUCAUCGCCCCGCUGGCAGACCAUAAUAUCUCUGUGUUCAUGCUGUCAACAUACCAGACUGAUUUUAUAUUGGUGAGUGUCACACAUCUGCCCAUGGUCAUGCACACGCUGUCUUCAGAAUUCACUCUCCUGAGGGUUGUCAAUGGAGAAACGGUUGCUGCCAACAGUACCGGGGUCACCAAUGGUUUUGUCAAGCCUAAACUGGUCCCUCGGCCGAUCAUUCACCCUCUCUCCAGCCCCAGUAACAUGUUCUGCGUUACCAGCCUGGACCCCGACACGCUGCCCUCGGUGGCCACACUGCUCAUGGACGUCAUGUUCUACUCGGGCGGUGUGAAAGAGACCGGGGGGCAGAGUGAGGAUUCUGGACACAUCCGCUUUUUCUCCUUCUCGCUGAUCGAGGGCUACAUCUCUCUAGUUAUGGAUGAGCAAACGACCCGGAGGUUUCCAAACAACGUCCUCUUCACCAGCGCUUCAGGAGAGCUUUGGAAAAUGGUCCGCAUCGGAGGACAACCCUUAGGGUUUGAUGAAUGUGGCAUAGUGGCUCAGAUAUCUGAACCGCUGGCGACCGCUGACAUUCCAGCCUAUUAUAUCAGUACCUUCAAGUUCGAUCACGCUCUGGUUCCCGAGGAGAACAUCCAGAGUGUGAUUGGAGCCUUGAGGACCAAUGAGAGCACAGGGCAGUGAGACUCUCUGCGAUUGGAUAGGAGUCCCACGUCCCUGAAAACAUUUAGAUUUCUUAUGUCAAACUCUUAAAAGUGCCAAGAGCUUACCUGAGGACUGCUUCUGGGGGAGGUUAUGGGAGAAGGAUCGGAAGGCGAAUGGAUAAGUGUGGGGAGGACUCUAAUCUUGCAGUCAGUAUUGAGCGACAACAUCACUUCCUGUCCAUUUCUUGCAAAAAAAAGAAAACCCUAAUCCCCAACCACCUCUACAGGGACCCUGCGAUGGUGUAAAUCCAGUGUUUUUCUUGUCUUCUUUCUCCCCCACCCCUCUUCCUCUUAUCCACUCCUCCUCCGCACAUCAUUUUACCAUGGCAACAGGGCCUGGACUUUAGCUACUGAUUCUUAAGACGUUGCAAACAACCAUUAUGUAUUAGUGGCAGGUCCUCCUCCUAGAGGACACAGAAUGUACUCCAAUGUUUCUCGAGAUUUAUUUUGUUUUUCCUGCCCCCUUCUUGUUUCCCCUUGCAGUGCCAAGACAUGGGGCAUAAACAGGCUCCUUGUCUAAAAACGUGAUGUUUCUCGGGAUGCAAAUUGAUGGUUCAGGGUUGUUGUUGUUUUUUUCUUUAUUUAGGCAAAAAAAUGGUCCAGUCACAAGUUCAGUCUGUGAAAGAAGCUUCUCAUGCUCAUUCAAAAAGUUUCCAGUUUUUGUUUAAAGGUUUUGUUUCUUUCCCCUAACCUCAAUCCUAUAUUCACGUUUCAAUGCCAAGUAGCUGGGUAAUGAAUUAGUUGUUGUUGUUGCUGCUGCUGCUUUUGUUGUUUUUGCCUUCAGAGUACAAUCAAUGGUUUUUCUGUCUGCCCGGCCAAGUUGGCAGUGAACGUGCGCAGAGAUCGGAAUCAAGGAUUCAGGUGAGGUGAAACUGUUUUUGUUUAGGUUAUAUACACAAACAAGUACACAAAUCGUGCAGUUUACUGUAUUCUGUUUUUAAACUCGUUCCAAUGAGGACAUCGCUUUUUUAUUUCCACCCUGGAGUCGUCGCGUGUGUGUGAUCGGAUGAAAUGUCUUUUUAGUCUUCACCACUACUCGCUCUUGAGUAUUUUCCAAAGCUGUCUCUAUUCAUGGAGGAACUGUUAGGGGAAACCUAUAAUUUGUUGAAUGUUAGUUAAGGUCAGGUGUCGCAGACACUGGCGUUAGUUUAGGCCUUCAAGCUCCCCUUGUCUGCACUUUAUUUAAGGUCUAUCUUACAUAUCUUACUCUUCUGAUGUGAAAUACUGGGGAUGAGUAUCUUCCCCCUUGAAGGAGUCUCUUUUCGAAGGGUCACUUGUUGCUCUUUACACGAGGAUGGGUGUCUUUUUUCCACAAGCUUUUCUUCUAUCAGCUUGGAAGCAGAAAUUUGCAGAAACCAUAUAUUUAUCAGUGUUAAGGGGUGACGUGUUUGUUCUCUGACAAUUAAAGAGGUGAAACAAUAUAUUUUUUCAGCUUACUUUGCUUUUAGGUUUGAUUUUCAAUUGUUACUCUUUUUUUUUUCCCACUGUUUGAAUUAUGUUUUCUUAAGCAUACAGUGGGGCUUUACACCAUACGACUGCUAGACCAUGUGCCAAUUGAGGAUUUGUUAUAUACACAAGUUAUGAAGAUAUUUAGUCAUACCUGUGAUUUACAAAUGAUUUCUGUGGGAUGAUAUUUGCAGAAGCUACUUCUAACUAUCCAUACAAAUUAUUGAUUGGGAGAAUUUGUUGAUUAAACCAGCUCAGACACCAGAAAAGGUCAUGACUUGAUUGCUUUUGUUUUUAUCUGAACAUGAAUUUUUCUUUCUGUUUCUUGACACUUUGUGUAGGUCAGAAACAGUCCCUUUAUAUUUGCACAUUAAAGAGGGUGACUUUCAACUA